GGGAGGGGCACGGAGGUGAGGAGGAGACUGAAGGGGUGAGUACAGAGUAGUGGCCAUUGGUUGGGACGAGUACUGAGCAGUGGCCAUUGGUUGGGACGAGUACUGAGCAGUGGCCAUUGGUUGGGACGAGUACGGAGCAGUGGCCAUUGGUUGGGACGAGUACGGAGCAGUGGCCAUUGGUUGGGACGAGUACGGAGCAGUGGCCAAUGGUUGGAAUGAGUACGGAGCAGGUGGCCAUUGGUUGGGAUGAGUACGGAGUAGUGGCCAUUGGUUUGGGACGAGUACGGAGCAGUGGCCAUUGGUUGGGGGACGAGUAUGGAGCAGUGGCCAUUGGUUGGGACGAGUACGAAGUAGUGACUAUAGGUUGGGGAUGAGUACGGA